GGGGCGCGUGCGCGGAGGGCCGGCGCGGGGAGGCACGUGAAGGUCGCUGGCGCGCCCGUCCGCCCGCUCCAUUCAGCCCCUCGCUCGGCCGCUCCCGCGCCCUCCCCUGCAGCCGGGCCCGGCAUGGACGCGUCGUCCGUCGCGGGGGACUUGGGAGCGGCCGUCAACGACCCGCAGCUGCAGCACUUCAUCGAGGUGGAGACGCAGAAGCAGCGCUUCCAGCAACUCGUGCACCAGAUGACGGAGCUGUGCUGGGAGAAAUGCAUGGACAAGCCUGGCCCCAAGCUGGACAGCCGAGCGGAGGCCUGCUUUGUGAACUGUGUCGAGCGGUUCAUUGAUACCAGUCAGUUCAUUCUCAACCGGUUGGAGCAGACGCAGAAAUCCAAGUCGCCCUUCUCCGAAAGCCUGUCCGACUGAGCGGAAGCCUUCAGCGGUGCUGUUUUCUUCGUUCACAGGAAAACACUAUUUCAAAUGGGAGAGGAGAAUAAAGAACCGAAAAGAGGAUUCCUAACACUGAUAAGCUGUGAGGGAGGUUGGCCCCCCCACGUGUGACGGACUUCGGGCUUCCUGGCCACCUUGUCUAGUUCUGGUGUUAAAUUCCCACUUUGUGAACAUUAAUGGCCACGCAGCUUCACACACCUGCUAUUAAACCUGGGCUUCUGCUGUCCUAGGUUUUAUUUUUUUUCCUUGGAUAAUAGGAGCUUCAUACCAGAAUGGUGGCUUGACUUAUCUUCCUUAGCCAGCAGUAAGGUGGGCAAAGCACACCCCUCAAAACUUGAAAACUUUCUGUUUUUGAUAAGGGAACUGGGAGGCCUCAGAUACUAACGCAGCUCCAGGAGAAAGUAGGGGUGCAAACGUGCCUUUAAAAUGGUACUGUGCUUGAGCACUACCCUUCUAAGCGAUCCAGAUGUCACUUGAACUUGCAGCUGAGUUAACCUUUGUAAACCGCAAGUGGAUCUUGCGAUUGGGCAGAGGAGCGCAGGAUUAAUUUGCAGAAGGGUGCCAGAAGAGACCUGUUUUCUUUAAUGAGGUGUUUUUCCAAACCCACCUCAGCAGAGUAGAAAGAAAUACCCCAGGCAUGUGGCUGUUGGGAGGGAUUUUUGCCCGUGUUGUCCUGUAUAUAUUUCUCUCGCCAAGUACAAAAAUCAAUCUUGACUUUCUACACUGAAUCCCUUGCCUCCCGAUCAUCAGUGGAAUAAACAUCAAUGGGAUGCAUUUUA